UCCCCGGAGGCACCGAGGGACCGGGCCAGCCGUGCGGCCGCCGUCUACGCGGGCUAUGGCGAGCGCGGCCCGGGGGUCCGGCCCGUGGCCCCCGCUCCUGCUUCAGCUCGCGGCGCUCCUCGGGACGCUCAGGCCCCAGGUUCAGAGCUUCACUCCAGAGAACCUCCUGUUUGUGUCCACCCUGGAUGGAAGUCUCCAUGCACUGAGCAAGCAGACAGGAGACUUGAAGUGGACCCUGAAAGAUGAUCCCAUCAUCCAGGGGCCAAUGUACGUCACAGAGACAGUUUUUCUCUCAGACCCAGCCGAUGGCAGCCUGUACAUCCUAGGGACCCAGAAACAACAAGGAUUAAUGAGGCUGCCCUUCACCAUCCCUGAGCUGGUUCACGCCUCCCCGUGUCGCAGCUCUGAUGGCGUCUUCUACACGGGCCGGAAGCAGGAUGCCUGGUUUGUGGUGGACCCUGAGUCAGGGAAGACGCAGAUGACGCUGACCACAGAGCGACCCUCUACCCCCCGCCUCUACAUCGGCCGGACGCAGUACACGGUCACCAUGCACGACCCCAGGACCCCGGCCCUGCGCUGGAACACCACCUUCCGCCGCUACUCCGCACCCCCCGUGGAUGGCUCGCCUGGUAAAUACAUGAGCUACCUGGCAUCCUGUGGGAUGGGCCUGCUGCUGACCGUGGACCCAGGAAGCGGGGCGGUGCUAUGGACGCAGGACUUGGGCGUCCCCGUGGUGGGCAUCUACACAUGGCACCAAGAGAACCUGCGCCAGCUGCCCCACCUCACACUGGCUCGAGACACCCUGCACUUCCUCGCCCUCCGCUGGGGCCACAUCCGACUGCCAGCCUCAGGCCCCCAGGACACAGCCACUCACUUCUCCGCCUUAGACACCCAGCUGCUGAUGACGCUCUAUGUGGGAAAGGAUGAAGCUGGCUUCUAUGUCUCUAAGGCACUGGUUCACACUGGGGUGGCCCUAGUGCCUCGUGGACUGACCCUGGCCCCCACCGAUGGCCCCACCACAGAGGAGGUGACACUGCAAGUCUCAGGAGAGCGAGAGGGCUCACCGAGCACUGCUGUGAGAUACCCCUCAGGCAGCGUGGCCCUCCCGAGCCAGUGGCUUCUCAUUGGACACCACGAGCCACCCCCGCUUCUGCACACCACCAUGCUGAGAGUCCAUCCCGCCCCAGGGAGUGGGGCUUCUGGGGCCAGACCCUCAGAAAGCAUCCAGGCUCCAACUCUCUUCUUGGAGCUCCUGAGCCUGAGCCGGGAGGAAACUCCGAACCUGGAGCUACAUCCUGAAAAGAAAACCUCAGAGCUGUAUCCAGGCCUGGGACCCCAAGACCUGCUGGCAGCCAGUCUCACUGCUCUCCUCCUGGGAGGAUGGAUUCUCUUCCUAAUGAGCAGCAGCAGUUGGCAGAGAAGCAGCAGCACCAGGCCCCCCUGGCACCUGCAGGCCCUUCUCACAUCUCUCAGGAUACUCAGCCCCAGCCCUCCAACGCCACCCUUCAGAGCCAGAAGAGGCUUCAGAGUCCCCCAGAGCAAGGCCAGCCACUGGAAGACCCUGAAGGUGGAUACUAUCAUUAUGCUGAUUUUAUGGAAGAGGAAAUUGAAGGCAGAAAGGUUCAUGACACUCCCACCCCAGACUCACAAAGCCACCGAGCAGCUCACCGUGGUGGGAAAGAUCUCCUUCAACCCCAAGGAUGUCCUGGGCCGCGGGGCCAGUGGGACUUUUGUCUUCCGGGGACAGUUUGAGGGGCGGGCGGUGGCGGUCAAGCGGCUCCUCCGUGAGUGCUUCAGCCUGGUCCGGCGGGAGGUGCAGCUGCUGCAGGAGUCAGACAGGCACCCCAACGUGCUCCGCUACUUCUGCACCGAGCGGGGACCCCAGUUCCACUACAUCGCCCUGGAACUCUGCCGGGCCUCGCUGCGGGAGUACGUGGAACACCCGGAGCCGGACGGCUGGGGCCUGGAGCCCGGGACGGCGCUGCAGCAGCUGAUGGCGGGCCUGGCUCACCUGCAUUCCUUGCACAUAGGUACCGGUGCCUCCCGGCCUCCCUCCGAGCCCCUGCCUGCCUCCCUCAGCUCUCAGCUCUGCUCUGCUCUCACAGUGCACCGUGACCUGAAGCCGGGCAACGUCCUCAUUGCGGGGCCCGACAGCCAGGGCCUGGGCAGAGUGGUCCUCUCAGACUUCGGCCUCUGCAAGAAGCUGCCCGCUGGCCGCUGCAGCUUCAGCCUCCGCUCGGGCAUCCCGGGCACAGAAGGCUGGAUGGCGCCCGAGCUCCUGCAGGUCCCGCCUCCGGACAGCCCUACCAGCGCAGUGGACAUCUUCUCUGCAGGCUGUGUGUUCUACUAUGUACUUUCCGGUGGCAGCCACCCCUUCGGAGAGAGUCUUUAUCGUCAGGCAAACAUCCUUGCGGGGGCUCCCCGUCUGGCUCACCUGGAGGAAGAGGCCCACGACAAGGUCGUCGCCCGGAGCCUGGUGGAGGCCAUGCUCAGCCCCCUGCCGCAGGCUCGCCCCGCUGCUCGCCAGGUGCUGGCCCACCCCUUCUUCUGGAGCAGAGCCAAGCAGCUCCAGUUCUUCCAGGAUGUCAGCGACUGGCUGGAGAAGGAGCCUGAGCAGGGGCCCCUGGUGACAGCGCUCGAGGCGGGCGGCUCCGAGGUGGUCCGGAGUGACUGGCACAAGCACAUCUCGGUGCCACUGCAGACAGAUCUGAGAAGGUUCCGGUCGUACAAGGGGACAUCGGUGCGAGACCUGCUCCGUGCUGUGAGGAACAAGAAGCACCACUACAGGGAGCUCCCGGAGGAGGUCCGGCAGACGCUGGGCGCUGUCCCUGACAGCUUCGUCCAGUACUUCACCAACCGCUUCCCGCGGUUGCUGCUACACACGCACAGCGCCAUGAGGAGCUGCGCCUCCGAGAGCCUCUUCCUGCCUUACUAUCCGCCAGCCACAGGGGUCGGGGGGCCGAGCCCGGGGGCAGCGGGGAGCUGA